AUGUCUCAGGCGACGACUUUCUGGCGGUUGGCGGGCAUGACGUACCUUGAGUACGCCAGCAAGGCAACCACGGUCAUGCGCGGCGCCCUCAAGGAGCCCGCCCGCAGCACGGCCUUGGCGCGGGAAGCGGUGGGGUACAACCGCAACGUCUUCGUCGGCGGCCAGCCGCAGGGCAAACUGCCGGUGGCCAGUUUGAAGGAGGCUGGGGCAACCUCGGCGUAGGGCAGAUGAUCGACAUUUGCCAUCUUUAGGGGGAGGGGGGCGGGUUCGAGUGCAGGCGCAACUCAAGGAAACGCCACAUCACGAUGCGGGAGCAGCAGCAGCAGCAGCAGCUGCAGCAGGAACGUUUGUGCUCGAGAUGCGCGGGCACAAUAACUAUCCCUUCAGAUUUUUCUUCGUCGUGGAGUAGCGCUGCUGAGAAGAUGAUGGCUUGUCUUGCGGCCCUGCUCGUGUAGGACGCCUGCCAGCGGGCGCGGGACGCGGGUAAUUUCUAGCUUGGCCGUUUGUUGCCUUUUCAGUUGUUUGGGGGCUUCGAAGCGCAGUUUUUUUUUGUUGGCUAUUUGCUCCUCUGAGUUGCGGCCACAAUCGACCCGCUGUCGAUCUAGGACAAGCGCACGCUCGAGGCAUGUGUGUACGUGAGCCCCAACGAGAGUUGCGUCGCGUUUUGAGCUAGCUCUGUUUCGAGUACCAUUUCGCGACUUAAUUUUUCGAAGCACGUCUUAACGAUGAUGAACUC